AUGGUUGAAAUAAGUGAAAUCAAAGAAAACAAUACCACUGCCGGUGCUAAGGCUGUGGGUUCUGGCACACGUACUGCUACUCAUACUCAUAUCAAGGGAUUGGGUUUGGAUGAUCAAGGAAUUGCCAAGAAAGUUGAAGGUGGGUUUGUCGGUCAGAUUGAGGCUAGAGAGGCAUGUGGUGUUGUUGUUGACUUGAUUAAAGCUAAAAAGAUGUCAGGUAAAGCUAUUUUGCUGGCUGGUGGUCCAUCAACUGGUAAAACUGCUCUUGCUUUGGCUAUUUCCCAAGAGUUAGGUCCAAAGGUCCCAUUUUGUCCUUUGGUUGGUAGUGAACUUUAUUCCGUAGAAGUUAAGAAAACUGAAACACUUAUGGAAAACUUUAGAAGAGCUAUCGGUUUAAGAAUUAAAGAAACCAAAGAAGUUUACGAAGGUGAAGUAACAGAAUUAACUCCGGAGGAUGCAGAAAACCCAUUAGGUGGCUAUGGUAAAACCAUAUCGCACGUCAUUGUAGGUUUGAAGUCUGCAAAAGGUACAAAGACAUUAAGAUUAGACCCUACUAUCUAUGAAAGUAUUCAACGUGAGAAAAUCAAUGUCGGUGAUGUUAUCUAUAUUGAAUCAAAUACUGGUGCUGUCAAGAGAGUCGGUAGAUCAGAUGCUUACGCCACCGAAUUUGAUUUGGAAACUGAAGAAUAUGUCCCAUUACCAAAGGGUGAAGUCCAUAAAAAAAAGGACAUCGUACAAGAUGUUACGUUGCAUGAUUUAGAUAUCGCUAAUGCUAGACCACAAGGAGGACAGGAUGUCAUGUCAAUGAUGGGUCAACUAAUGAAACCAAAGAAAACUGAAAUUACCGAAAAAUUGAGGCAAGAAGUCAAUAAAGUGGUAGCAAAAUAUAUUGACCAAGGUGUAGCAGAAUUAGUACCAGGUGUAUUAUUCAUUGAUGAAGUUAACAUGUUGGACAUUGAAAUUUUCACCUAUUUGAAUAAAGCUCUGGAAUCAGAGAUUGCCCCAAUAGUCAUAUUAGCCUCGAACAGAGGUAUGACAACGGUCCGUGGUACUGACGACAUCGUAUCACCACAUGGUAUUCCACCAGACUUAGUUGAUAGACUACUGAUUGUCCGUACAUUGCCAUAUAACAGAGAGGAAAUGCGUACCAUUAUCGAAAGAAGAGUAACGGUUGAAAGUUUGAAUUUACAAAAAGAUGCAUUAGAUCUAUUAGCUGAUAUGUCUAUAGAGACUUCCCUACGUUAUGUAUUACAAUUAUUAUCCCCAAGUGGUAUAUUGGCUCAAACUUCCGGCCGUGAUGAAAUUGUUGUCAGUGAUAUUGAAGAAGCUAAAUUAUUAUUCUUAGAUGCUAAGAGAUCAACAAAAAUUUUAGAAUCAAGUGCUACUUAUUUAUAA